AUGUCUAGCGUGCCGAACGCCCGCAAUUGCGGGACAGCUACCGCAGCCACAGACGUUCUCACUCAGGAAAUGUCAAUUGAUGGCUUUGGAUCCUCCACCGCUAGACAUGACAGUCAAUCAGUUGACAACAGUCACAACACACCCGCAGCACUGUCUGAGCAUGGCAUGAAGCGGCGAGAUCACGAUACAGAAGGCCAAGAAGCACCAUGCCCCCGACGACACGAGCCAGCAAAAGGCACAAGACAACCUUCCGCUUUUGAGGUCCAAGACUUACGUUCCGGCACCCUUAUUCCUCUCAAGACCACCCUUGAGACACAACCUGAUGAUUCCACUGUCGACGUCUACAUCGUGGAGCUACCGGCCAAACAAGCCAAUGGAUUCAUGAAUGUGCUCAAAACAGCCAUACCCGAACGACCUCCCAUCGACCUCCAACACCUCCGUCGCAUAGCCAAGCAGGAGCAUCUUCCAGACCACCUGAAACGGAGCGCUCCAUCAACAGCAGCAUCCAGCGUCACUCCUUCGCCCGCAGCUCAGACACCGUUCGCGCCACCUUCCGCCGUCUCAACCACCACAUCCUCUCCCGCUCCAGACUCGCCCGCAACGCCAAACCCUCAAAUUCCUCUCCCUGCAACUCUCCAGCUUCUCGUCGGUCUAACCAGUCAAAUCAGUCUUCACGACCUGACCGCCCUCCUCUCCAAACACCUCUGCGACUCGCUGCCGCCGACCAAUCUGCAAAUCCAAACCAUCCAAGUCCCCCGCCUGGCACCCACAAACGAAGAGCAAGCCAGACAAUGGAGCAGCCAAUACUGGCCAACCAUUUUCCGGCGUAACAAUCCCUUCGGGCCCCAACCCAACGCUGUCCAGCGCGCCGAAGACGAGAUCCUACCGCACAUGCCGAAAUGGAUGGCACUAGCCUGCCAAGCUGCGGCCGAAGUUCACAGCAGUAAUUCCGGCGAAGCCAUCGGCGCCGUCAUAGUAGAGAGCAAUGCUGAAGACGGGCCUACUGCCGUCGCCGUCGCAGGUGACGCACGCUGGUGCGGUCCCGGACAGCCACACUCUCGCAGUAGCAUCAACGAUGACAGCGACAACAGCGGCCGCAGCGGCAAAUCAUGCGGCGCAGGCAACGUCAUGACCCACGCCGUGAUGCGCGCAAUCGGCCUAGUCGCUGCCAAACGCCGGACCCUUGCGCGAGAGCAAGAAGCUCCAACUGCCUCGACAUUGGACCCGUCUUCCUCAGCCGCGCGCCGCUUGCAGUCAUCCGAGACCGCCCACGCGAGUGACAAUUUCUUCGACAAGCCUCUCAAUGCACUCGAACGCGCGUAUUUUGAGCAAGAUAAUCUCUCGUCGUCGGGAUAUCUCUGUCUCGACUUGGACAUUUACCUGACUCACGAGCCGUGCAUCAUGUGUUGCAUGGCUAUUCUACAUUCGCGCUUCGGCCGGGUCGUGUUCGGCAAGAAGAUGCUCAAGACGGGCGGCAUGGCUGCUGAAAAGGCAGAUAUGCAGCAUCUAUUCGCGACUCCUUCGACAGAUUCAUCUGCGGCGACAGCUCCUCGAUCCGCAACAACCACUAUCCCUGCAAAUCCAUCUGUGGAAACCCAUGAGGAUGCUUACCGCUCACCUGCUGCUGCUGCUAAUCAGCAAGAGGUCAUAGCAGCCGGAGGACUCGGGUAUGGUCUUUUCUGGCGACGGGAGUUGAAUUGGAAAAUGCUCGGCUGGCAGUGGCUUGAAGACGGAGCGCGCUACGAAGAUGCAGUCUCCCUUGAGGACGUGCAUGCCUAG